AAUGCAUCAGUAGAGAGAGCCUCCAGCCCCUCCCUCUCUUCAUACCGAGACCCCUCAUCCAGACUGAGACUGUCUCCAGCACCAACACACCACUCCCCUCACCCCGCCCUCGCCCCGCUCCACCCAGAUAUGGCUGCUUCCAAGAGUGGCUACGAGGGCAAGAUCGCCGGCCUCUACGACCUGGAUCGCACGCUGGGGAAAGGCCACUUCGCCGUGGUCAAGCUGGCCCGCCACGUCUUCACAGGCCAGCUGGUGGCGGUCAAGGUGAUUGACAAGACCAAACUGGACGCCAUGGCGACAGGCCACCUGCUGCAGGAGGUGCGCUGUAUGAAGCUGGUGCAGCACCCCAACGUGGUGCGGCUCUACGAGGUCAUCGACACCGCCACCAAGCUCUACCUUAUCCUGGAGCUGGGCGACGGAGGGGACAUGUAUGACUACAUCCUGCGUCAUGAGGGUGGCGUGGCCGAGGACACGGCUAAAGUUCACUUCGCCCAGAUCGUCCGGUCCAUCUCCUACUGUCACCAGCUCCACGUGGUGCACCGAGACCUCAAGCCAGAGAAUGUGGUUUUCUUCAGGCAGCAGGGAACAGUCAAGCUGACCGACUUUGGCUUCAGCAACCUCUUCAAGCCCGGGACCAUGCUAAUGACCAGCUGUGGCUCGCUGGCUUACUCCGCCCCAGAGAUCCUGCUGGGGGAUGAGUAUGACGCUCCGGCUGUAGGUAAGACACAUGGGUGACCUGGACAGUGGGUGUCUGGAUGAGCAGGGGGUCUGUCUGUCCAUCUGGUUGUCUGGCUGGUUAACUGUCUGUCUGUCUGGCUUGCUGGAUGGAUGGAUGGCUUGCUGGCUGGCUGUUUCUAUCAUAAGGCUCAAGAGAUGAGAGAAAGAUAUAUGUGAAAAGACAGUUCCAUAUAAUUCUCCAUAGAAAAAAUUUCUGCGUGUGACCCAUUUUACAGACAAAUAAACUAUUCACAGAUGUCUUUAUUCUGUCCAUAAGACCACAUUCAGGUCCUUCUAAGCCAGGGUUUCCCAAACUCGGUCCUGGGACAUUUUGGUUUUGGUUUUUGCCCUAGCACUACAAAGCGGAUUCAAAUUAUCAAAGCUUGAUGAUGAGUUGGUUAUUUUAAUCAGCUGUGUAGAGCUAGGGCAAAAACCAAGACGUGAACCCAGGGAGCUACACAGAAUUACCACAAAUCCUCUGAGACCAAGAUAAAGCUGGAGAGAUUAACAUGGGUUUAUCUGUGGUACUGUCUGUGGGUCUGUCAGUGAUGCAGGAAUACCUCUAGCUCACCCAACACAAGUAUAUAUUAAUUGAAUCCCUAUUUAGAUUUUAAGGCAACAAAAUGUGAAAAAAAGUUAAAGGGGCUGUAGACUUUCUACACACACACACACACACACACACACAUUCACAUUCACAUUAACACACACACACACAAAUGUGAACAGAUGGAGUACUCUCUGGGCUGCAGAGAAUCUGGAAUGGAAAUGUAAUUUGCGCAUGGAUAGGCGGCGUGGUUGUAGCAAUCCUCGCAAGGCUUUAAUCCAGGCCAGGGACAGUGAAGCUGUGUACAUGCAUGGCUUAAAGCCCAGAGCCAGGUAUAUAGUUGUCUCUGUGUCAGGAUAGGAGGAUUGUGGGUUGCCACUCACAGUUCAGUGUCCGCACACUGAUGUUGUUUUUAAUCUGGUCUGUUUACCGCAGACAGACAGGGUUGUAUAUAGGCUUUUCUUCAAUGAAGUCAAAUCAAAAAAUUAAAUCAAAUUAAAUUAAUCAAAUUAAAUUAAAUGGAGAGUAGUGCAGGGAGAGUGAAUGAACUAUGAAGAUACAGUUGAAGUCAGAAGUUUACAUACACCUUAGCCAAAUACAUUUAUACUCAGUUUUUCACAAUUCCUGACAUUUAAUUCUAGUAAAAAUUCCCUGUCUUAGGUCAGUUAGGAUCACCACUUUAUUUUAAGAAAGUGAAAUGUCAGAAUAAUAGUAGAGAGAAUGAUUUAUUUCAGCUUUUAUUUCUUUCAUCACAUUCCCUCCCUGUGGGUCAGAAGAUUGCAUACACUCAAUUAGUAUUUGGUAGCAUUGCCUUUAAAUUGUUUAACUUGGGUCAAAUGUUUCGGGUAGCCUUCCACAAGCUUCCCACAAUAAGUUGGGUGAAUUUUGGCCCAUUCCUCCUGACAGAGCUGGUGUAACUGAGUCAGGUUUGUAGGCCUCCUUGCUCGCACACGCCUUUUCAGUUCUGCCCACACAUUUUCUGUAGGAUUGAGGUCAGGGCUUUGUGAUGGCCACUACAAUACCUUGACUUUGUUGUCCUUAAGCCAUUUUGCCACAACUUUGGUAGUGUGCUUGGGGUCAUUGUCCAUUUGGAAGAACCAUUUGCGACCAAGCUUUAACUUCCUUGAGAUGUUGCUUCAAUGUAUCCACAUAAUUUUCCUUCCUCAUGAUGCCAUCUAUUUUGUGAAGUGCACCAGUCCCUCCUGCAGCAAAGCAACCCCACAGCAUGAUGCUGCCACCCCCGUGCUUCAUGGUUGGGAUGGUGUUCUUCGGCUUGCAAGCCCCCCUUUUUCCUCCAAAUAUAACAAUGGUCAUUAUGGCCAAACAGUUCUAUUUUUGUUUCAUCAGACCAGAGGACAUUUCUCCAAAAAGUACGAUCUUUGUCCCCAUGUGCAGUUGCAAACCGUAGUCUGGCUUUUUUAUGGCGGUUUUGGAGCAGUGGCUUCUUCCUUGCUGAGCGGCCUUUCAGGUUAUGUCGAUAUAGGACUUGUUUUACUGUGGAUAUAGAUACUGUUGUACCUGUUUCCUCCAGCAUCUUCACAAGGUCCUUUGCUGUUGUUCUGGGAUUGAGUUGUACUUUUCGCACCAAAGUACAUUCAUCUCUAGGAGACAGAACGCGUCUCCUUCCUGAGCGGUAUGACGGCUGCGUGGUCCCAUGGUGUUUAUACUUGCUUACUAUUGUUUGUACAGAUGAACGUGGUAGCUUCAGGCGUUUGGAAAUUGCUCCCAAGGAUGAACCAGACUUGUGGAGGUCUACCAUUUUUUUUCUGAGGUCUUGGCUGAUUUCUUUUGAUUUUUCCAUGAUGUCAAGCAAAGAGGCACUGAGUUUGAAGGUAGGCCUUGAAAUACAUCCACAGGUACACCUCCAAUUGACUCAAAUUAUGUCAAUUAGCCUAUCAGAAGCUUCUAAAGCUAUGACAUCAUUUUCUGGAAUUUUCCAAGCUGUUUAAAGGCACAGUCAACUUAGUGUAUGUAACUUCUGACCCACUGGAAUUGUGAUACAGUGAAUUAUAAGUGAAAUAAUCUGUCUGUAAACAAUUGUUGGAAAAAUUACUUGUGUCAUGCACAAAGUAGAUGAUCUAACCGACUUGCCAAAACUAUAGUUUGUUAACAAGAAAUUUGUGGAGUGGUUGAAAAAACGAGUUUUAAUGACUCCAACCUAAGUGUAUGUAAACUUCCGACUUCAACUGUAUGAACACCUGGCUGCACCUUAUUCACCUGACCUCAUUGCUAAGAAAAUGGACUGUUAUUGUGAAAACACCAUGACAUCCUCACACACGUGGAAAGUGUUAUGGUGCUGUGCCAUUAACACCCUAACAGAACACUGAGAGACAGUAGAAGAGGUGAGUGAGGGCAGAGUAAUUCCUUGUGUUCCUAGCAGUGUGGAAUCCAGUAACCCUAUUAGAUCUGCUAGGUAAUGGCCACUGGCCAGGGAACACCUGAGUGUUCAAUGACACAGACAGACAAACAUACAGGAGGACAGGAUUACAGCUUAGAGGGAAUCUAAUCAGAUUCACACCUCAUCUCACCACGACACUACUAGUCCACAGUGUGGUUCUCUACAUGCCUUAGUCAUAACUGCUGAUGGGAUUGUCCAUGUGAAAUAAUGAAGAUCAGCGCUACACUAGGUAAAGUAUAUCCCCUAUGGGUACAUAUUGUAUAAAAUAUAGUUGAGACUGUUUGAUGUCGACGUUUCAGCACAGAGUGUGACCCAAGCAGGACUCCUAAUACUACAGUAAUACUUACUGAGCUGUAUGUGGUGCUGGACUGGGAGUGUGCCAGGAUUAAAGCCCCUAACUGGGUCAGACUCCUCUGAGACACAGAUCCAGAUCAGCCUGCCAGGUGCCCAGAGCCAAGUGGGCCGCCCACUGCAGAGGGACCACAGGAGUUUAGUCACGUGCACUGAAACCAAAACCAAAACACAACCACCUCAUUCACCUGCAAAAUCAGGACCUGGCAGGAGCACCUACACACCUCAAACAUGCCCCAAAAUAAAGACUACACUAGCCAGCCCAGGAGAUUUGUGACAGAAUCCUUAGAGCUAUAUUCUCUGAUCAGUCCUAUGUGUGUCACUGUGUGCACAAGCAAUCUUGUUUGGGCUGUGCUCACCUACAUUUGUAGUGGAUGCUCAAGUAAAUUAGAGGCCAUUUUUUUAUUACCGUCUGGUUAAUACAUCCGGUUGAUUUACCAGUUAAUCCACAAACACAUCUGUGACACAUUUUAGUAAUAAAUCAAAACAUUGGCUUGCACGGCAGUGGCACUUCUGUAAAAUAAAAUCCCUCAUUUUUGGGCCUAUUGCAUGUGGGUGGCCUUGGUGUUGUGUGUGACUGUGUGAACUGACCAGUGGCAGUCUGCCCAGUGGGCUUGAGGCUCAUUGUGGUAUAAUCAGAUUGUGUGGCAUGCUGGGAAUGGCAGUGCCUGGCACACGGCCUGGUUUGAGCCCAGUCAUGAUGACCCAGUGAUUAGCGCCCUGUCUAAGCAGAGCCUGGGAAACACACACAUAGCCAUGUGGCUGAAGAGACCUUGUUUCUAGUGUCAACUUGUCUCUGAUGUUAUCUGACAGGCUGUAUUGAAGUCAAGCUGGGACAAGGCCUGAUGAGUGUGUGUGUGUGUGUGUGUGUGUGUGUGUGGUUCCUAUUAGUUCCUAUUACUACAGGAUUGUAUAUACAAUUCUAUGGUCUAGUCUCUGUGACUCAGUAGUCUUCAGAUGACACCUGAAAACCCCAUGAAUGGAGCCUGAGUCAGUGUGAUGUAGUAUUUCCACAGGUUCCCUGGCUGGUGGUGUACAGUUACAGUACGACUGACACUGAAUGAAUAUUCAUUAGCUCAGCAUGCUCUUAUCUUGGUCCACUAACCAGGUGCUGGUUUAAUCCACUCAUUAGGCCUCAGUGACAGAGUGCCAGCUGAGAGAGGCAGCUCGCUCACUGAGGCCCACUGCCACUACACUGCCACUACACUGCCAUACAGCCCUGCUAAUGAUAACAUAGCACUGCAAAGCAUAACACAACACCGCACAGCACAACGCAGCAGGGUUUGGGCUCAACUCCAUUUCAAUUCAGGCAAUUCAGAAAGUGAAUUGAAUUUCCAAUGCAAGAAUUUCCAACUACACUUUGAAGAUAAAUGACACCUGGAAGAUUGGACUUUCAUCUGCUGAAUGGACAGAAUGUAGCCUUGCAGCACACUGCCAGGUGUGAAAGAAGAGCUGUAGAGACACACACAUGCACACACACACACACACACACACACACGCACACACAUGUAGAAUCACGUAUUGAAUAUUUGUACAGUGUGUACUUUAUAUUGUGUGGAAUAUAGUAUAGGUGGGUACUGUAUACUGCUGUGAAUGGAUCCCCAGGGGCAUUGAACUGAGUGUCUGUCUGUCUCCUAGUUAUUAUGAGAGCAGCGUGACUAUCUGAACACAGUGGUUAUAUGAUGAGGCAGAGACAAUCAAAGGCCUGUGUGUGCAGAGUGCAUAGUGCAGAGCCAUGCAGGGUUCAUCCCAGACCCAUGGCGAUGGGACAGGGGGCCUGUUUUUUGUGUCUAACUAACACAUGGCUGUUAACGUUACAUAAGCCAAACCAAGCAGUGUGGAGAAGAACAGAUAGUCAGAUACCAUCUCAGGCCCUCUGUCUUGUCUUGUGUCCUGGGCUAUUUCAGUAGAACUUGUCUGUCUACCUCUGUUCUGCCUUAACAUUCAAGUAUAUAUCAUACUUUUUAUGUUUCUACUUCACAGACAUACAUUUUCAUAAUGUAUUUCUCAAAAUCUCUAGUAGACAAACCAGUUUACAUGUAAAAUCUGUAGGUUUACCAAACAUUUAAGUGAUCGUCAAUUAAGAGCAGUCGGAUUAAGUAAUAUAUUUUAACAAAAUAGAAGAGAAUCAUAUAAAAAGGCAAAUACUUUCUAGAUAAAACACUAAUUGUAUUUCUAGAUAAAACACUAAUUAAGUUUGGUGAAAAGGUGACUAUGAUUUUGUAAAACGGAGUCUGGUGCUCUCUAAUGUGUGGAUAGGCCACUGGGAGUAAACGGAUACUGGACUGCACUCUGGUCAAAGAGUGAUGACAGACACAGAAGCCCAGUCUAGGAGUUUAAUGAUGAAACAGAGUAUACAUGUGGUAUUUGGUCAAAAACGCACAAAUAUCCCUGCAAAUAAAAACGGUCUGAUCUCCACGAAAGCCAACCUAACUUAGAAAUAAGUUUGUUUUUAUACUAACAAGUGGUUGCCAUGGUGAAUAAUCCAAUAAUAAUUGGUAGGACACAUGAAAGGAAACAUCAAAGAGUUUACCGGAAUCUCUAAAUGAAAAUACUGGCAGAUCAAUAAAAUGUCCUUGUAGAUCUCAUUACAUUUAGAGUAUUCUAAAUUAAUAUCUAAGCUUUUAUACAUUUUGUGUUGUACUUAGUCAAUUGAAAAUGUGUUUAGAGUUUUGAAACAACUGCCUUUUUGAUUAUCUGUUUUGAGUUUUGUACUAAAUUAUGAACAGAUGGGGUGAGGUUUAGAGGGAGCGAGAGAUGUAGAGGGGGAGAGGGGGAGAGGGCUCUCAUUAUGUACUCAAGGACAGAGUAUUUCCUCUGUGUGAGGGAGCAGAUUUCUCCUCUGGAGACAAACACCAUCUGCUGGGAUAUUUAGAGGGUGUGGGGGGGGGCAGGGAGAGGAGGCGGAGGGAGAACAGGGAGAAGAGGGAGAGGGCGCAGGGAGAGGACGCAAGGAGAGGGUGAAGGGAGAGGGCGGAGGGUAGAGGGAGAGGUAGUGAGAAGUUAUAGAGGAAGUUAAGGGAGAGAGGUGUGCAGGGAGAAGGGCUUCUUUCUCAUUUUUCCAUUCAGGUCCCCCUUUAUCUUUUCAGGGUUUUCAGAGUUCUAGGAGAGGUGCUUGAGAAGAUGCAGGGAGUUUUGCGCAUAUAGAUAUAGAGGAGAUCGGUUGAAUUUUACAUAUUAUAUAUUGAGAUAGAGAUCGCCGAGACUUGGCCGUCAGAAGCCCACUCCAUUGACCUGCACACAUCAAAUUGUGGGCAGGUCGAUAAUUAGCAGCAUUGAUUCCUGCAGAUAAACAGAGCUCUGUCUGUCUGCACAUGAUCCUCAUACUCACACACUUGCUCGAACGAACGAACGAACGAACGCACACACACAAACACACAGUGUGAGUGAGUGAAAGCAUUAGGUAGCCAAACAAUAUAUAUUGAACAAAAAUAUAACCACAACAUGUAAAGUGUUGGUCCUAUGUUUUAUGAGCUGUAAUCAAAGAUCAGAGAAAUGUUCCAUAUGCACAAAAAGCUUAUUUAUCUUUAAAUUUUGUGCAAAAAUGUAUUUACAUCCCUAAUAGUGAGCAUUUCUCCUUUACCAAGAUAAUCCAUCCACCUGACAGGUGUGGCAUAUCAAGAAGCUGAUUAAACAGCAUGAUCAUUACACAGGUGCACCUUGUGCUGGGGACAAUAAAAGGCCACCCUAAAAUGUGCAGUUUUGUCACACAACAAAAGGCCACAAAUGCCUCAAGUUUUGAGAGAGCGUGUAAUUGACAUGCUGACUGCAGGAAUGUCCACCAGAGCUGUUUCCAGAUAAUUUAAUGUUAAUUUCUCUACCAAGCCACCUCCAACGUCAUUUUAGAGAAUUUGGCAGUACGUCCAACAGGCCUCACAGACCAUGUGUAACCACGCCAGCCCAGGACCUCCACAUCCAGCUUCUUCACCUGCGGGAUCAUCUGAGACCAGCCACCCGGACAGCUGAUGAAACUGUGGGUUUGCACAACUGAAGAAUUUCUGCACAAACUGUCAGAAACCAUCUCAGAGAAGCUCAUCUGUGUGCUCGUCGUCCUCACCAGGGUCUUGACCUGACUGCAGUUCGGCGUCGUAUCCGACUUCAGUGGGCAAAUGCUCACCUUUGAUGACCAUUAGCAUGCUGGAGAAGUGUGCUCUUCACGGAUGAAUCCCGGUUUUAACUGUACCGGGCAGAUGGCAGACAGCGAGUAUGGCGUCGUGUGGGUGAGCAGUUUGCUGAUGUCAACAUUGUGAACGGAGUGCCCCAUGGUGGCGGUGGGGUUAUGGUAUGGGCAGGCAUAAGCUAAGGACAACAAACACAAUUGCAUUUUAUUGAUGGCAAUUUGAAUGCAACGAGAUACCGUGACGAGAUCCUGAGGCCCAUUGUCAUGCCAUUCAUUCGCCGCCAUCACCUCAUGUUUCAGCAUGAUUAUGCAAGGCCCCAUGUCGCAAGGAUCUGUACACAAUUCCUGGAAGCUGAACAUUUUCCAGUUCUUCCAUGGCCUGCAUACUCACCAGACAUGUCACCCAUUAAGCAUGUUUGGGAUGCUCUGGAUCAACGUGUACGACAGCAUGUUCCAGUUCCCCCAAUAUCCAGCAACUUCGCACAGCCAUUGAAGAGGAGUGGGGCAACAUUCCACAGGCCACAAUCAACAGCCUGAUCAACUAUAUGUGAAGGAGAUGUGUCCCGUGUAGCUCAGUUGGUAGAGCAUGGCGUUUGCAACGCCAGGGUAGUGGGUUCGAGUCCCACGGGGGGCCAGUAUGAAAAUGUAUGCACUCACUAACUAUAAGUCGCUCUGGAUAAGAGCGUCUGCUAAAUGACUAAAAUGUAAAUGUAAUGUGUCGCGCUGCAUGAGGAAAAUGGUGGUCACGCCAGAUACUGACUGUUUUUCUGAUCCACGUCCCUACUUUUUUUGUAAGUAUCUAUGACCAACAGAUGCAAAUCCAUUGAUUAGGGCCUAAUUCAUUUAUUUCAAUUGACUGAUUUUAUUAUAUGAACUGUAACUCAUUAAAAUCUUUGAAAUUGUAGCAUGUUGCGUUUACAUUUUUGUUCAGUGUAUAAACAGUAUAUAGAGAGAGAUUGCAGGAAUUAGGCAGAGACAGAACAGAAUAGGAGAAUAAUCACAGGGAUUCCACAUGGGUAAUAUCUGCCCUCAUACAGCAUUAAUAAUCUGUGCCAUGGGGUGUUCUGGCUUUCUCACAGACAUCAUUAACUGAACCUUAAAGGGAUACUUCGGGAUUUUGGCAACUUCCCCAGAGUCAGAAUGACCUUUGCGAAUACCAUAUUUCCGUCUAGGAGUAGAGGAUUUCGAGCUGCUAACUGCUUGGCCAGUACUAGAGUCUAUGGCGAUCUGCAAGUCUAUGGGAACUGAAGCAUGCUAAGAAGAUGCACAGACAGAGCCAGACCAUAGAGCUCUGGGAGGCCAUAGGGACCAAGGAAGAGUGUGGUGGGUGAGAGGUUGGUCUCCUGUCUCAUAGGGCCACCACAGUGGGUGGUAGAUUGGCUCUCUCGUCUCAUGGGCCACUCAAGUGUGGGUGAGAGUUCUCUUCUGUCCAUAGGCACCCCUGUGGUGAGUUGGCUCCAGUCUCCAACGGCCUCCACGUGUGCUGGGAGGUGGUUCUGUCAUAGUACUCACACUGGGGUGAGUUGGUCUGUGUCAAAGGCCCUCAACAGGGACAGUUGUCUUCGUCCACUGGGACCAUCCAUGGGGUAGAUGGUCUUUAUAGGCCACUCACUGGGUAGGGUUGUUUCUGUUCAUGGAGGGUUGGCUCUCUCUGUCUCAUAGGGCCACUCACAGUGUGGGUGAGUGUCUCAAGGCCUGUGUGCUUGCUCCAGGCUCCAGACCCUGCCUCUGACACUGUGCCUGGGGGAGGGAGAGUUACUGUAUGUACUCACCUAGCUGUCUGGGACAAAAACCUGGACCUGUAAACAACAUCAUUCAUUUCAGCCACUGGAACCAGCCUACUGAGGGAUAAGUUAUACUGUAGAUGUUUGUUGGUUGGUUUGUUCGAGUGAUUAUUAGGGCAAGCAGUUUUUUCUUGAUCAUGUGACCUGACCAUACAAAUCUCUGGGCCCUAGUGAUCAUAUAGUAUGUGUGUGCAUACUCACUUUAUGAAGUUUGACAAUGUGUUUAUGUAUUGUAUCUAUGGUGACUGUAUGCAUGGUGUUUGUGUUACAGAUAUUUGGUCGCUGGGGGUGAUCCUCUUCAUGCUUGUGUGUGGACAGCCCCCUUUCCAGGAGACCAAUGACAGUGAGACGCUCACCAUGAUUAUGGACUGUCGCUACACCGUCCCCGCCCAUGUCUCUGCAGACUGCAAAGAGUGAGUACCAUCAACCUCUCCUUUAAGCCUCCAGCUCUCACACACAUCCAUGCAUUAAACUCAACACAGUGCCAUACAAUGCAGUUUAAAUAUGUCAUAUGGUUUUAUAAUUCUCAGAUGCACUAGAAACAGACUGUGGUUAUACAACAACGAUACAUACAGACACAUAAUAACCAUGAUGCCAGUUGUCAGCUCUCUGUGUGUUUCUGAAUGCCCUUCCCCAACCUGCCCUACCCCAGUCUGCCCCAGCCAACCUUUAUUUUGACCUUUUUACACAUUGUUCAGUAAAAAGGUCCCCUAACAACCAUCUGAAAUGCCCUAGAGGCACCAAUUCCUCACAUUUUAAAGUGUAUUGUAGAUCAUUCCACAAGUAAGUUGCAAGGAAAUUAAAGGUUGAUUUACCUAACUCUCUAGAUACCAAAGGAGUCUCCAGAGUUAACCAACCCUGUGAACGGGUUUGAUAAUUUGUCAUUUUAAAUCUUAACAGUGAUGUUAGGUAAGUCAGAAGUUUGUGGAGCAGGGCUUUGUAAACAAAAAGAGCAUAUUGAUGUGAUCUACGUGACUUCAAAGAGGUGGGGUGAGAAUUGUAUUAACCCCAUGUCUCCUAUCGCCCAAACUCUGAACCUCACACCUAACUGAGAACCUUGUGCAAACAGCCUUCUGGACACAGUGUACCCUGUGCUCUUUGGCUGUUUUUGUCAGAAGGCGCAAGUCAAUCACUGAAUAGGGAAUACAAUACUGAAAGUUGAUUUGAGGAGGCCAGCCAACCAGUGGGUAGAAUAAAGAGAUGGCUGAAAUUAAAGUUUAUCUCUGGACGUCCAAAAAUGAUGACAGUUCUAGGAAACUGAGAGUUGCUGAGUGAGUUGGUUCAGAUCCAUGUUGUAUUGGACUGGCACUGGUCUGUAAUUCAUUGCGUGGUUCAGAUCAAUCCCUGGAUACCUAGUCACUCCAUUCUACAUCUGACCCCAGAUCUCACCCCAGCUCUGGUAUCUAUUAAAGUUGAAUCUGAACAAAACAGUCUGUCUUUGUGUUAAAAAAGUGAUGUAUUAGCUAAGCCCCUUGGUACCAAUGCUAUUUGUGUUUGAGACUCAAGAACACCCCUGCAGCCACUGAACCGCAGUCCAGACCUCCCAGACCUUGUGGUUCUGAGUCAGAUGAUUGUGCCUCAGACAUCUAGCUGACUGGCUCAGGAACAGUUCCAAACAUAGAACCUGGGUCAUAUGACCAAGGCCCUUAUGAAAGCUCUUUUCAUGGGAAGAUGAUUCCUUGCAAAACAGAACAGUCCUGCGGGCACAAUCAACAGAGCAAAAGCAGACCUCUCCCCGCCCACCCUCCAUCCCUCUCCCUCUCCCUCUCCCUUUAUGUUGCUCUCUCUCUCGCACUCUCUCUCCGCUAGAGAGGCGAGCAAGGAGGGGGAAGAGAGAGAGCAGAGGAAAGAGAGGAAGGAGAGAGGAGAGGCGAGCGGAGGGAGAGAGAGAGAGAGAGCGAGUAGGAGGAAGGAGUGGGAAGAGAGAGAGAGAGAGAGAGCAUAAUGAUCAUAAAUAUAUACGGAGAUAUUAUAUAUAUGAUAUAACUGCAUAUAUAUAUAUAUAUAUAAUGAUAUAUAUAUAUAUAUAUAUUGAGAUAUAAUAUAUAGAUAAGAUAUAUAUAUAUAUAUAUAUUAUAUAAUAGAUAUAUAGAAUGCUAGAAUAUAUGAUAUAUUAUCUCAGAUAUAUAUAUAUAAUGAUUAUAUAUAUAUAUAUAUAUAUAUGAUAAUAUUCUCUUAUAUAUAAGAUAUUAUAAGGAGAGAGAGAGAAGAGAGAGAGGAGAGAUAUGAGAGCUAGAGCGACAGGAGAGAGAGAUAGAGCGAGAGAGAGAAGAGAGAGAGAGCGAGAAAGGAGAAGCGAGAAGAUAGAAGGAGGGAGAUCGAGACGGAGAGAGAGAGAGAGAGAGAGGAGAGAGAGAGAGAGAGAGAAGAGGGCAGAAGAGAGAGAGAGAGAGAGAGAGAGAGAGAAGAGAGAAAACGUGAGUAGAGAGACGAGAGAGAUGAGAGAGCGAAGGGGAGAUAGAGAGAGGAGAGAGAGAAGGCAGAGAGAGAGAGACGAGAGAGACGAAGGCUGAGAUAGAGAAGGAGCAGAGGAAGGCCAGGAGAGAGGAGAGAGAAGGAGAGAUAGAUUAAAGUAUAGAUUAGAUGGGAGAAGAGGGGGAGAGAGAGAGAGAGAGAGAGCGAGAGAGGAGAGGAGAGAGAGAGAGAGAGAGAGGUAGAGAGAGAGAGAGGAGAGAGAGCGAGAGAGGAGUAGAGAAUAAGCUGGGGGCAGAGAGAGAGAACGAUGAGAGGAGAGAGAGAAGGGAAUAGAGAGAGGAGAGAGAGAGAAGGAGAGAGAGAGAGAGAUCAGCAGAGUAGAUAUUGAUAAUCGAUAGAUAUAUACUAGUGUGGAGCUUUCAUUAUUUGCUCUUUAUCUCUAUAUCAUAUAUAUAUAUAUAUAUAUCAUCAUGAUCUCUAUAUAUAUAUGCUCUAUAUAUAUACUCUCUAUACUCAUAUAGGAUAUCUCUAUCUCUCAUGAUCUAUCGAUAUCUAGAAUGAUUCUGAUCCUAUAGCAUCUCCGAUCUAUAUAGAUAUAGUACUGAUAUAGAUAUUAUAUAUGCUAUUAUCGUAUAUGAGUGUAUACGUAUAUACUGAUAUAAUCGUAUAUCUCCUUACUGAAUAUAUACGGAUAUAUAGGCACUGAUAGUAGAUAGAUAUAUAUACUAUCUAGUAUAGAUAGAAUAUAUAUCUAUAUAUAUAUCUAUAUAUUAUAUCUCAUAUAAUGAUCUAUAUCUAUUCUGAUGAUAUUCUAUUUAUAGGAUCUAUAUAUAUAUCGAGAUAUAGGAUAUCGAUAUAGAUAUAAUUAGAUCAAUAUAUAUCUAUAUAUAGAAUUACUAAUGAUAUAAUAUAGAGACUUUAGAUAAUGCCUCCUUCGAUCGAUAUAUACUGACUCUAUAGAUAUGCAUCAGCUCGGCUAUAUACGGAUAGAUCUAGACUGCUCUCUCAGGUAUUAUAUCUCAUGAUAGAGAGCUGCGAGAGAGUGAGAGCGGGAGCUAUGGAAUGAGGAGAGAUAGAGAAGAUAGAGAGCGAGAGAAGGAGAGGAGGAAAGGAAGAUGAGACGAGAAGAGAGAGAGCUGAUGAUGGAUAGCGAGGAGGAAGGGUGAUAGUAGAUAAGAGAGCGUAGAGCAGAGUCAGAUAAGUGGGACGAGGAGAGAGCAGAGAGAGAGAGAGAGAGAUAGAGAGAGAGCAGAGAAGGCGGAGGAGGAAGAGAGAGAGAGCAGAAGGAGAGGUGGAGGAGAGAGAUGGAGACGACCUAUAAUCAAGAUAUAUAUUAAUGGAUCUAUAUCUAAUGCUAUAGCAUCUAUUCAUGAGAGCGAGAAAUGCUCGCAGAGGAUAGAAGAGUGAUAGAGAUAGAUGGAGAUAUCGAAUGCGAUUCUAUCCUCGUCUGAUAUCUAUAUCUAAUGAUCUAUAGAUGGCAUCGAGAGAGGAGCGCGAGGAGGAGAGAAGAGGGAAGAGACGAGAGAGAGAGAGAAGAGUAGGGAAGAGAAGAAGAAGGGAGAGAGAGAGAGAGAGGAGAGAGUGGAGGAGAAGAGAGAGAGAGAGAGAUAGGAGAGAGAGAGCAGAAGGGAGAAGAAGGAGAGAGCAGAGAGAGCGAGAGAGAAGGAGAAGCGGAGAUGAGAGAGAGGAAAGGAAGGAGAGCGAGAGGCUAAAGAGGAGGAGAUAGAGGGAGUUUGAUGGGAGAUAUAGAGAGGAGGAAUAUAGGAGAGAGAGAUGAGAGAGAUAGAGGAGAGACAGCAGGAAGAUGGGAGCGAGGAGAGAGCGCAGGAAGAAUAUAUAGAGAUAGGGAGAUAGAGAGAGAGUUGAUAAUGAGAUAUAUAUUAUAGCAUGAUAUAUAGACUAGAGGAGAAGGAUCGAGAUAGACGGUAGAAGCGAGAGAUCUAGAGAGAGUAAAGGACAGAGUAGAGGCCAAAGAAGAGAAGGCGAGAGAGAGAGGACGGCUAGUAGAGAAGCGAGGGAGAUGCAGAGAAGGAGAGGAGAGAGGAAGAGAGAGGGGCCUGCUCUCUCAUGCUCUCUCUCCUCCUGCUCUCUCUCGCUAUCUCUCUCUCUCGCUCUCUCUCCGCUCUCUCUCUCUCUUCUCUCUCGCUAAGAGAGCGCGGAGAGCGACGAGAGAGCAGAGAGCAGCGGCGCGGAGCGAGAAGAGCAGCGAGCGCGCAGCGCCCUGCUCUUCUCUCUCUCAAGGCUCUCUCUUUUCUACUUCCUCUCUCUCGCUCUCGCUCUCGGCUCUCGUCUCCUUAUCGCAUGGAUCGAGAGAGAGAUAAGAUAUCCUGAUCUAUCUGAGAUAUCUACACAAUGGAAUUCUCAGAGAUCAGAUAUUCAGGAUGAGAUAUGAGGCAGGAAUGUUGCUUCGCUCGCGAUCUCCCGCUCGCGAUCGAAUGAUAUCGACAUGCGUAUAAGUAUAAGGAUCUGAUUCUAUAUCGAGAGAGAGGAGGGAGAGAAGGAGAGUCAGAUGAGAGAGAGAGAGAGAGGAAGGGGUGCGUGAGUUAGAGAAGUGAGAGGGAAGGCGAGAAGGGAGCAGAAGGAGAGAGAGAGCGGGAGAGAGAGGAGAGCGAAGACGGAUGAGAGAGAGAGAUGGAGAGAGAAGGAUCAGAGAAGGGUAGGUAGAGACAGGAGGGAGAGGAGAAGAGACGAGAGACGAGAGAAGGCAUAAGAGAUGAUGGAGAAUGUAUGAGAGAAAGAGGGGGGAGAGAGAGGGAGCAAAGCAAAGGAGAGAUGUAGAGAGAUCUAUAGGAGAUGAGACGAGAAGGAGAGAGACAGAGCAGGCAGAGAGUAAGUAAGAUAUAGAGAAGCGAGAGGGAGAGAGAUCAGGCAUAUAUGAGAGAUAUAUAGAGGAGAUAGAAGAAUUGAUACCCAGAAGAAAUAACUGAGAUCAUAUACUACUAUUAAGGAUACUAUCUAAUAUAAGAUCGACUAGAUAGUAGCAUAUAGAGGUUGCGCUAGAUAUAUCUACAUAUAAUGAUAUAGAUAUAUAUAUCAUGAUAUAGAGGGAGAAGUAAGGAGAUGAGAGAAAUAGUGAGAUCAGAGUAAGGAAGGAAUAGUAGAUAGAUGGGAGAGCAUAGACAUAGGGAGAGGAUAUAGAGCACGGCUAUAUAGAGGGAAAGGAUGGAGGAGAAGGCGAAGAGGAGAGGAGAGAGUAGUAUAGACGGAGAGAUAUGAAGAGAAUGAUAUUAGAUAGAGAAGGAGGGGGAGAGUAGAGCGAGGAGAAGGAAUAGGAGAAAUAGGUAGAGAGAGAGGAGAGAGAAGAGAGAGUGGAUAGGGAGUGAUGUAGAAUGCAUGAGAGCGCAUACUAUGAUAUCUAUAAUGAUUAUAUAUCGUAAUGCAUCUCUAAUAUAUCUUGAUAUAGAUAAGGAGAUUAGAUAGAUGAGAUAUAUAUAUAUAUAAUGAUAGAUGAUAGAGAUAUAGUCAUAAGGAAUAGCAGAGAUAAGGAGAGAGAAGUAGAGAGAGGGAUAAGUAUCGAAAUGAGAUAUAGAGUAUAGAUCAGUAUAAUAUAUAUUAGUAAGCAUAUUAUCAUAAGUGGAUAGAUAGUAUAUAGAGGCAUAGUAGAGGAGGAGAGAGAAGGAUACGAGAGAUAGAGAGAGAAGGGAUAGAUAGAUAGUAUAUAUAGAUAUAGAUAUACGAGAUAGAUGAUUAUAUAUAUAAGAUAUAUAGAUAGAGUACUAGAGAGUACUGCGACUAGAAAUGAUGUAUUUGAAUAUUAUAGACAGUGAUAGGAGAGAACGAAGGAAGAGUAUAGAAAUACAUAAUAUAUCGAAUAAGGAGAUAAUAGAAGAUCUAUAUAUACGGGCUCUAUAUAUAUAUAGUCGUAUAUACGAUCUCAUAUUCUAUAUAUAAUAUCUAUAUAUGGAGUAUCUAGAUCUCGCGUAUAGGGAGAGAGAGAUGAGAGAAGGAGAGAGAGAGAGCACGGAAAGGAGGAUUCCGACGAUCUCUUUCUAUAGAAUACUGUGCUCUCUCUCUCUUAUCAUGAUAUACUCUCUUCUCCUUGAUAUCUAUCGUUCAUUUGCUAUCUUCCUGCUAUCUCUCUCUCUCUCUCUCUCUCUCUCUCUCUCUCUCUCUCUCUCUCUGUGCUUUACUUUACUGUAUAGUAGUGUUGUGAGAUAUGCAUGGGUCAGUUAGGAGGACAGUGUGUAAAUAAUUAAUUUAUAUUAAUAUUUCAGUAGUUGUAUGAAUAGGAUAUACCAAACAUCAAGAGCAUUAUUGGAGGUUCAGAAAAGCAUGGGUACUUGCACAGUGUAAAUGGACAUAAGGGAAAAUAGAACAUAUCUGAUAGUGGCAUUAUUAAAGGAGGAUAGAGCCUUUAGGCUGAUUGGUGAUCCUGGUCUUACAUGGUUAAACCACUUAAAGGCGUAUGCACACACAUCAUAUCCUCGUGGGGACCUAAAAUUGAUUUCCAUUAAAAAUCCUAUUUUCCCUAACCCCUAAACCUAUCCCUUACCCCAACCUUAACCCUAAACCUAACUCCUAACCCUAAACAUAACCCCUUACCCUAACCCUAACCCUAAUUGUAACCCUAAACCUAACCCCUAAACUCAAAAUAGCCUUUGUGCUUGUGGGGACGAUGAGAAACAGAAUUUUUCAGGUUUUACUAUCCUUGUGGGGACUUUUGGGGAUUUUAGGUCCUCACAAGGAUAAAAUAACAAGACGACACACACACGCACGCACACACUCACCUACCAGUGAGACGGAGGAAUACAAAGUCCCCAUCCUGCGUCAGAGCCUGCAUGAUGAUGCACAGAGUCAGACUAUGCCAUGCCUCUCAGCAAAUUACCUGCCUGGCCCUGCAUGGAUGCACCUAAAGACUGUCUGAUGUCUGCAGGCGCUCAUGAAUAUUGAUUAUGAAAUAGAUUGAUAGUUUGAACUCAUUCACUCUUGUAUCACAGAUAUAUGGGGUUAUGUGCUUUGCCUGUCAAUAACUGAAUCAGUAUGCAUGAGAACUUCACUCGUGUACCACUGUUACAAAAAGAGGCCACAGAGGUAUAUAUAGUAUCUGGUCUAUGGAAGGCGAAUUCACAACCGUCUCUCUCAAUGUCUCUCUCGCUCUCUCAAUGCCUCUCUCUCUCUCUCUCUCCCAGUCUGAUCUCCCGUAUGCUGCAGAGGGACCCGUCUAGCCGCGCCUCCCUGGAGGAGAUCGAGAACCACACCUGGCUGCAGGGGGUCAACCCCUCCCCCACAGGGCACAGUGCUGCCCCCCUCACCUCCCACCGCAGCCUGUCCCAGGAAGAACACGAGAUCAUCCUCCAAGCCAUGACCAGCGGCAACAUCGCUGACCGCGAUGCCAUCCAACAGUGAGGACUUCUCUACAUCUCCCUCUUCUCUCCAUAUUCUCUUUCUCUCAAUCUCUAUCCUCUUCCUUUGUACUCUACCUCAGAUCAGUAAGCUUUUAAGCAAGAUAACUUGGUGAUAUGCAUUUGUGGAUGCAGUUCUGAAAUGUGGUUGCUUUUAAAUAUUAUAUUCUAAAUUAAAACGAAUUAGUGUGUCAUUGUAAUACACCCAGGGCUCUAGAAGCGGAUCAAUACAACCACAUUACAGCCACAUAUUACCUGCUGGGGGAGCGUAUCCUGAGAGACAAGCAGGAGCAGCCCAGCGAGAUCCCGAAAGUCGACAGUGCAUGGGACGAGCCACCACAACUCCAGUAAGACUCAGCAUUCAUAUAGUAGAGUCAGUCACAGUGAUUCACAAAGGCACACAGUACAGUCAGUCAGUCAUAGAAAAAUGCCACUAGCUGAUCAUGAACUCUACUAAUUUCUAAUAUCUCUUUCUCUUCUACAGGAGGCCGCGGUCUGAGCCUCUGGAUCUGGAACAGAGGGGGCUCCAUGGCCUGCUGGACGGCUGUCCCCGCCGAGGGGUGUCUGAGUCUGGGAACUUCCUGACCCACAGGCCCCUGCUGCUUCAGCCUGAGUACAGCACAGGGCCCUGCCUGGGGCUCACCCUGCGCCCCCCACCCCCUGACGAACCCCGACAGGUCAAGAGCCUGGGAGCCCUGCAGCUCAUCUGUGAAGAGGAGGAGGAGGAGGAGGAGGAGGAGGAAGAUGAGGUGGAAGAGGCAGGCAAACCACAUGUUGAACUUCAUAAUAUUCAAACACUGCCUCAUAUAAUAGGCUUGGUAUCAACCACUGUGUCUACAGAACAGUCUAGUCCCAUGCUCACAGCACCAGAGGCUCCACACAGCCCAGUAAGAGUAGUGCCAGGUCAGGGAGAGGAAACAGGCCUGUUGGGCACCUCAGUGGAGGAAGCACUGGAGACAGAGAGGGGGGAGUGGGACAGGGAGCUGAAGGACAGGGUUUCUAGCCACAGCAGAGAGAUGGAGCUUGACCAGGUGGCAUCCAGACAGGAACAGGAACAGGGUACGAUGGAGUCAGAGGAGAAGCCCAUGGAGGAAGGAGACAUAUCAUGUGAACCCACUGAGACUAGGUAGUCAUUUGACUUCAGACCAGCCAAUCAAUGGUUUAGAAAACCAGGUUCAGGCUGUGGUAGAUAGUUCGAUCAGCCCUAAAGCUCACCCUCCAUACCUGCCUCGCCUCGGGGGGGUGCAGUGUUGUCGGGGGCAACAGGAAACUCCCAGCCCAGACAUCAUGGAAGGGGAAGAAGAUGCUAUUCUUGAAAACAACAACAACACCACAGAGUCCAAGCCUAAGCUCCUGGUGAAGGGUGGGGGGUCCACCCCAGGCGCCUCACCCCGCUCUCUGCCCCGUAACCACUGUGUGGACCUGGGCCCUGAUGGGGUGGAGACGACCCGCAAGGUGGGAGGGCCUGGUGAGGAGUCUGAAGGGGACACUCCAGAGGAGCUUCAGUUAGAGAGAUCCCACAAUGCACCACAGGGUCGCCUUGGGCCCAGGGAGGCGGGGACCGACCCUACGGUAAGACUGGAUCCUGGGAAGGGGAAGAACGUGAACCUGAGAGACCGCCUGCUGCAGUUCCCUCUCUGUGAGAAGGCCCUGUCCUUCAACAUCCAGCCCACCUCCAAGGAGAAACUCCUGCCCUUCGCCCAGUACAACUGCUGCCACGUGCUG